CUUAACAGGUCCUCAUCAUUGGGUAGUCUUGCGAAUGGACUCUCCACCCGCUUUGAUCACCGAGGCAACGGCGAAGAUUUGGAUGAGGCUAUUGCGCUUCACAGAGAAGCGCUGGCUUUGCUCCCUGUCAGUCACACAGAUCGGUCCAUGUCAUUGAAUAAUCUUGCGAGCCAACUCUCCACCUGCUUUCAUCACAGAGGCAACGACGAAGACCUGAAUCAAGCUAUUGCAUUCCAGAGGGAAGCACUGGCUUUGUGCCCUGUCAGUCACACAGAUCGGUUCAAGUCAUUGGGUAGUCUUGUGAAUGAACUCUCCAUCCGCUUUCAUCACCGAGGCGACGACGAAGACCUGAAUCAGGCUAUUGCACUUCAGAGGGAAGCGCUGGCUUUGUGCCCUGUCGGUCACACAGAUCGGCCCAAGUUAUUGAAUAAUUUUGUGAGUGGACUCUCCACCCGCUUCGAGCACCGAGGUAAUGGUGAAGACCUCAAUAAGUCACGCGAGCAUCUCCACUCAGCAAAUAUUAUCUCUGGAGGUUUGCUACAUCGCCUACGAGCAAGUCUACGCUUGAUUCACCAUGCUAGUCAACAUUCACAUGGUACUGAACUGGAGGCAUAUGCGACUUUCAUGCGGACACUUACAUCCUCAGUGUCGUCUUGUUGUAAUGUCAUGAAGGGAUUCCCAAGUACACUUGCCGUGAAUGCUGCGUCAUGUGCUCUUCGUAGUGGUGACGUGUGUCGUGCUGUUGAGCUGUUGGAACAAGGCAGGACUCUCAUCUGGACCCAGAUGACACGACUGCGCACUCCUCUUGAUAGCCUCCAGACUCGCGGCGAUCAUGCAGUGGCCUUGAUGAAGAGAUUCAGAGAUCUCAGCUCCCUCCUCGGUAAACCUCCUGCGAGCCAUCUAGAAGGGACUCCAAGAGUUGAUGUAGAAGCAGAAGCAACCCGGUAUAGACGUCUAGUGGAGGACUGGAAUAGAGCUGUAGAGGAGAUCCGGAAGAUCGAGGACUUCUCUCGCUUCUUACUUCCUCCCAUGUUCUCCGAUCUUCAAGAUGCAGCUCGUGAUGGGCCUAUCAUCGUGCUCAUCGCCAGCAAGUCGUCUUGCGAUGCCAUUAUUAUCCCACACAAGCAACCUCCGACUAGUAUUCAACUCUCUACUAAUCUUGAGAAACUCCAGAUGUUGGUGAUCAAAUUCCAACGCACAAGUAGACCAGCACUGACAAAAGCCUUGAUGGAGUUGUGGGACGACAUCGUCCGCCCAGUGGUCGAGAAUCUGGGCAGAUAUGCAUGA